CAACUUGCACUUGCACCUACCAGAAUCCAAGCCACAAAAACACACACUCUCUGACCACCAAUAAUAUCUAAUCCACCUAGGAACAGAAACAGUAUCUGAGACCAAACAACAAAGAACAGAACAAAACUUCCAUCUAUGACCAAAAAUAUCUCAUGCCACACCUGGUCCCACAAAACCCCGUCACAAUCUACAACCAGAUACUAACUGGAACCAACGUAACUACCAGGAAACAACCUUGUUUUCUACUCAUAACCCCAAAUCCCAAGGUCGGUGCUUUCAUUCUUCAUCAGUGUUCUAAGUUCUCAACCCCACACAAUUUCCCAAAUCAUCUGAUCAAUGGCCUUACUCUGCCACCGCCAUCGACGUAGCUCUACUCCUACUCCAACAGUGGCUACAUUCCACCGCCUUUCAACCCUUUUAAGGUUUCAUUCCAACCCCCCUUCUCCAUUUCACUCUCCUUCAACUCCAAUUUACCCCUCACACAUCACAACCCAAAACCAAACCCAACCCAUUACAGUGUUCUCUGUUUUCUGAUUCUUAGUAUAUAUUAGGAACCAAAAGAUGAAAAAACCAAACGAGGAACCAAAGGGUAAAGCUCCAGCACCUGAUUCUCCUUCUGAUAUUGAGCAGCUGGGGAUGUCCACAACAGGGUUCUCUCCUUUGGAGUUUAGUUCUCAACCAUUCUCAUCAGCUUUUGAUGACUCUUUUGACAUUAUUGAUGAUACCUCUUUCAUGGAGUUUGAAUCAUUCUCAACAGCUAUGAACCAUCCACCACCACAACCACCAUCUACAACUACAACAAUAACCACCACCACUGGGGCUGUUGGGCCAUUGCCUCAGCCAUUGGAGUGCUUGCACGGGAAUCCUGUUCCACCCUUUCUGUCUAAAACCUUCGACCUUGUGGAUGACCCUUCUUUGGAUACUAUCAUCUCAUGGGGCUCCACUGGUGCUAGCUUCGUUGUGUGGGACCCUAUGGAGUUUUCAAGGCUCGUGUUGCCCCGGAAUUUCAAGCACAACAAUUUCUCCAGUUUUGUUCGCCAGCUGAAUACUUACGGAUUCCGCAAGAUUGACACUGACAAGUGGGAGUUUUUCAAUGAAGCUUUCCAGCGAGGGAAGAAACAUUUACUGAAGAACAUCCAACGGCGCAGGUCAACUCAAUCGCAGCAAGUUGGUAGCCACAUUGGAACUUCUAUUGAUGCUGGGAGACCUGGACUCGAGGUUGAAAUAGAGCUACUGAGGAAGGAGAGAAGUAUGUUAAUGCAAGAGGUGGUUGAUUUGCAGCAACAACAGCGAAGAACGGUUCACCAUGCUGGAGAAGUGAAUCAGAGACUAGAAUCUGCAGAGCAAAGGCAGAAACAAAUGGUUUCCUUCUUGGCCAAGUUAUUUCAGAAUCCGGCCUUCUUGGCUCGCCUUAGGGAUAAGAAGGAACAAAGACAGAUAGAAUCUCCAAAAGCAAGAAGGAAGUUUAUCAAGCAUCAACACGAAGCAGGAAAUUCCGAAACUCCCAAAGGUCAGGUAGUGAGGUACCAACCUGAUUGGAAAAAUAGAACAGUUUCUUCUGAAACUCCGGAACUAAAUCCAGUUUCCUUUGAACAGUCUCCUCAAUAUCUCUCACAGGACUUGGCAAGAGAAAUUUCUGUUGGUGCAGAAAAUCUGACUUUGCAGUUGGACAAAAUCAUGUCAGAUGAAUUGGGUGCAUUGCAUGAGGCCAUGCCAACUCCAGGAAUUGUUGGAGAAGGAUCAUCAAGCUAG